AUCAAAAUGAUUCAUUUGAAAAUAACUGAUGAUGAGCAGCAGCAGCUAGAGGAGCAUACAUCCCAACAGUACCAGCAGCAAGUGGAUGUAGCCAUUGUCAAGGUCAUGAAGUCAAAACAAGUUGUCAGUGAAGAUGUAUUAGUCUCAGCAGUACAGAGCCAGCUAACGUUUCCUGUUGAGCCAGAAAAUAUAAAGAAGAGGAUAGAAGUCCUUAUAGACCUUAAUUACUUGGAAUGUAGCAAAGAGAAACCCAACAGCUAUUGCUACAUCACAUGAGUUAUGCAGAAUCGCUGCCUACGAUAUUGAUUUAAUGGCUUUAAUGAGUUACCGAAGGGGAGCACAUAACAUGCGUCUAUAAAUAAAAUAAAAGUGUAUAUUGAUAUACUGUGUACGCAAACAAAUACAUAUAUGCUAUAUAUGGCUGUUUAUCUAUUGUGUAUUGUAUAUUUAUUUCGUGAAUUUAUAAACUCGA